AUGGAAUUAUCCGGGUUCGAUAAAGCGGUCGGAAUGGGUUUGGAAAAAGGGUGCGAGUCAUGUUUUAAGGACGAAUGUCUAGCUAUUAAACUCAAAGCAAUUAAAGAUGAAAUAAAGCUAUGGAGGUCUAGUGAAAAGAUAAAGGAGGAGGAACAGAUGGUAACGGCAAAUGAGAAUUUACAAAAAAAAAAAAUAGAGGAAGAAGCGGAAAUGAGAAGUUUAACGGAGCAGGAGAUAGGUAUGUGGCAAGGAUACAAAAAAACGAUAAGGGAGUGGCAGAAAGCAAAAGCAAAAGAUUUGAUACAGAAAUCACGCAUAAAAUGGGUAGCAAUGGGGGAUGAAAAUUCAACAUUUUUUCAUACGGUCGUAAACAGCCACAAAAUCAGAAACAGGGUAAACGUUUUGUGGAUUGAUGGUAGUUGGAUUACAGAUGCUAAGGAAAUCAAAGAUAAGUUCAUGGCAGCUUUUAAAGACAAGUUUAAGGAACCGAUAUCAUCAAGGCCGAGAAUAGGUAUGGAUGGAUUCAAGAGUUUGACGGAGGACGAGAAAAAGGGACUCAUAGAACAGUUUAAAGAAGAGGAGAUAAGAAACACAAUAUGGGAAUGCGGGGGAGACAAAUCACCGGGUCCAAACGGGAUUACAAUCACCGUUAUAAAGACGUAG